AUGUCCUUCGGCGGUCUUCCGUACGCGCUUCGCUGCCACAUCUGGGCCUUGGCGGUGGAGCCUCGGCGCAUCACCGAUAUGCGCAUCCAUAAGAGCAAAGAAAAAUUCAGCAAAAAGGACCGCGAUAUGGGUAAAGACGUGCUCUACGAGACUUCGCCGACGCCGGCACCAGCGCUCAUGCAUGUCUGCCACGAGUCGCGUCAGCUUGCCCCGUACCGGCGGGCGUUCACCGCGGGUACCAAGCCGCGGUGGACAUGGGUCAACUUUGAACUGGACACUUUUGGCGUCACGAGUCUUUACGGUAUCCACGAGCUUGUGUCCCACCAGUCGGAAGUGCAGCGGCUCCAUGUUCGAACCGAUGAUGACUGGGACUGGUAUGAGUCGGCUACCAAUGGUGGGGCUCUAAAUGUUCUCCGCGACUUUGACAAGCUGCGAGAGAUGCAGAUCGUGCUGCAACCUGGCGACAUCAUGUGGGAGGAUGUGUAUACGGAAUGGGGCUUCGCAGGAUGUAAAAGCAGUGUAAAGUUUAUUGACGAAGGAAGUGGGCUUGUGCUCACUGGUCAACAAUUAAAGAUGGUCACGGACUGGAGGACAAUCUUCUCGUUUGACAAUGAGGGAAACCCGCCUGAGUCUGACCAACUCUCAGAUGAAAUACAAUGGGCUGCCGAUGAAGAUUCUCAUCUCACGCUGGCACAAAUCCGCGAGAUUUAA